AUGUACGAUACCGACGAUGAGGCACCUCCUUCGGAGUCGGGGUACACUACCCCGCCUUUGUCCCCAACGAAGACUGUCAGCACCGAAGGAUGGACGUCCCCAAGAACACCAGUCUCGCCCCGGAAGACACGAAGCUGCCUCUUCUUCCACGAUCUCGGCUCGAAUUCCCUUCUUCCCACUCCUCCGGAUUCUCCUACGAAAUCCAACCUUGCCAUUCGUCCUGGCGCUCUCAAAUUGGCAGAUGUCCCUAGAUUCCUCCCUCGCCCGGCAUCGCCGUCUUCAGAUGAUGACUCUCCCCUCAAGAAAAGGUUCGCGGAUCUUGACAGCUCUCCGCUCCGCCGUUCCAUUUAUGUCGCUCGUUCGAACAGUCGCUCCUCGCCUGAUGCUGGGACUCAUCUCAAUGGGGGACCACAGCACUCAUGCAAUGGCGCAGCUACUCCCAGCACGGCCGGGUGUACAUCAUCAGUCCCGACGGAGAGCAAUAAUCAAAGGCCAACUAUCAAGCAAUCAUUGUCGUCUCCAACACCUGUCUUUUCAAGUGCAGUCGAAUCCGGUAGUGACAGUUCCGAACGACCAUCGAUUUCUAAAAUAAGCGACCAUGCCUUCUCACCAACCACUCUCCGCCGGCUUCCUCUCCGUCAUUCAAGCUCUCCUCUUAGACCAAGCCAAUGGGUAGCACGUGGCGGGCAGCUGUCGUCUCCGCGACACCAGACCCGGACACCAGAUCGUUUCAUCCCUUCCCGUCGACCACCGCACGUCACUAGAGAAAGCUUUGAGCUAAACAAACCAGCAGAGCGGCUUGCAGCUGAAGAGAGGAUUACCAGAGGUGGCACGUCUAGCUUGGAUCCCUUCAGCCGGCGGCUUCACAGGAGUGACAGGCUUAACGACGAGCUUCGGAGCCUUAGAGAAACGCACUCAGUCCUGACAGGGAGAGCGAACCCGAAUCGGCGCGGGCCUAACGCUAGCCUCCGACGCGGAUCAUACACAAUAGGCGCCCGUCAAAUUAGCGCCGGAGCUGUCUGGAAUGUUGGAGGAGCCUCAGCCGUUAGCGAUACAAUAGUCGGGGUGUCCAAUGGCAGAGGUGGAAUGCUUGGAAGCGGAACUAAUGCACCCCUCUACACUUCCAUGUUCCUGAGUCGAUCUGAUCCUGAAGCUGAGCUGGAAGCCUACGAACGGCGUCUGGCUCAUGCUCUCGACGUAGAUCAGACAGACCGGGUUCUGGAGCAUUCCACACGUCCCGGUGAUCCAUUCAUGGCAAGCCCGUUCAGCGCGGCAUCGCCUCCAGGUCGCACAACGCAUGUUUGGAAAGACAAUGCAUGGACCAAGGAUGGUGUUGCUGCGCUUCUGGACGCUCCUCAGCUACGAGAUGAUUAUUACUGCUCGCUUCUCGCAUACUCGCACACCGCCAGAUGUCUCGCAGUUGGCCUUGGGAACUUCGUUCACCUGUGGUCAGAGAAGAAAGGUGUUGACACACCGGAGUCCCUCAACUCCUUGUCCGCCUCCGCCACUUCAGAUACGCAGCAUGUCACGUCUUUAUCCUUCUCGUCGACGCAGGGUGGACAAGCGAUCCUCGCUGUAGGCCGAGCUGACGGUCGCAUUGCACUCUGGAGCCCUUUCGACUUGGAACCACGCUUCGAUGCCACGCAACCUAAACCUAUAUCAUGCGUCUCCUUCAGACCAACCACCGUAAAACGGCCUUCUGUCCGGGACUCGGCCAUGACUGUGCCCGCAGAAGAACUCCUAAUUGGGGAUGAGGCAGGGCACAUCUACUUCUACAGCAUCGAAUGGCCGUCCGAAACGGAGAGUGCCCUAUUUGGCUGGCAUGGCGCGAUGACGCUGCUUGCCCGCAUGACAGUCCACACGCAGCAGAUCUGCGGACUCUCCUGGUCUGCCGACGGCGAAGUCUUUGCAACUGGCGGCAAUGACAACGCGUGCUAUCUCUUCGAGACGAAGAAGAUACUGCAAAGCCCAAACAAUACUGCGGAGCCCUCUACUACUGUCAACGUCCGUCACGGCCCUAAUGGUGAAAGCAUCUACUCUGUAGCACCCGGUCGCAGCGCAGUUCUACACAUCAAAGUUACCCAAGCCAAGCACAAAUGGGAGCUCAAUGCAGCCGUCAAAGCCAUAGCAUUCUGCCCCUGGCAGCGGGGUCUGCUAGCUAUUGGCGGUGGUUCGAAUGACCGCUGUAUCCACUUCUACCACACCAGGUCCGGGGCCUGUCUAGCCGCCAUCGACUGCGCGGCGCAGGUCACAAGCCUGAUAUGGAGCCAGACACGCAGGGAGAUCGCCGCUACGUUCGGCUUCGCUCAGCCGGAGCAUCCCUACCGCAUCGCCGUCUUCGCGUGGCCGAGUUGUGAGCAAGUCGUCUCCGUGCCGUGGUUCGACGAGAACCGCGCGUUGUACGCUAUCGCUUAUCCUAGUGGGCCUGACUCUGAUCCUGCUGCUGGUCCUGAAGCAGGAGGCAGGACAGCUGGUGAAGACGGCGUUUGGGGGAGGAGAAGUGCGGAAGAAGGAUGCAUCGUGGUGGCUGCUAGCGAUGCCGCUAUCAGGUUCCACGAGAUCUGGACUGGUGGUAAGAAGGGGCUUGGUAGUGGCGCGGGGUUGUUGGGAGGCAGUGAUAUCCUGGAAGGAUUGCAUGGUAUUGAGAAGGAGGGAGGAGCUACAAUCCGGCGUUCCGUUCCAAUGUAGUCAAGAAUGGUAGUAGUCAAUCGAUGGAUGCAGAAUGUGUGGUGACAAAGUCAUCGUUGGUCAGCGAGAAUAUGU